AUGCCUUCCCAACUCCCACCCGUAAACCACUACCAGUGCAGCACUACCGCGUUAUGCGUGCUCAAAGACACUGGAGCUCCGCAAGGCAACAAUAACUACACGACGUUGGUCCUCAUCCAUGGACUUGGGUGGCACUCAGGGAACUUCAGGAAGCUUGUUCCGUGCGCUCAGCGGUCCAAUAUUCGAAUCGUCCUGCUGAACCGCAGGGACUACCCGAGAGCGCGUCCACACUCCCCCGAAGAGCUUGCGCAUCUCACUCGUCUGGGGUCCUCGCCAUCAUCCGCUGGAGCCGCCCAGGAGACGUCCGCCGUCAUGGCCGACCAUGGUCGCGACGUUUACGACCUCCUCGUCGAUUUCAUUCGCCGCGAGCGCAUCCCCGCCGCCAGGGGCAACACCGGUGGCGUCGUCCUAGUCGGCUGGUCUCUGGCAUGCGUGUGGAUCACCGCGUUCCUGGCGAACGUCGCUUCAUUCCCUGUGGACGACGUCAAGGUGGACACAUACGUCCGACGUGUCGUCCUGUACGACCCCUCGUGCGUGCUGCUCGGCUACCCGCGUCCUUUGGACUGGUACCACCCCAUCACAGACCUGUCCAUCCCCCUAGCCGAGCUCUGCGCAAGCUUCAACCAAUGGCAAGCGGGAUAUUACACGCACGGAGACCUGGUCAAGGAUGGACCAGAUGCGCUGGAAACUCGUACCUCCGCGACGGACACCUCGAGCACUAUGUCGCGUCUCUCUGUGGUCGACUUAGCCGACUCGGUGCACGGUCCGCCGAUGGAACCUUCGGGGAGUGAUCGCCUGCUGAUCGAAGCUUGCAUGACGCACGGGACGUGGGGUGAUCUGAAGGAUGCUGCGAUGUACCUUCCCGGAACCGAGUGCGAGCCCGGGGCCGACGAUUGGCGCGGUAUCGACGUCAGGGUAGCGUGGUGCGACAGGUCUGUCUGGGAGAUGGUGCUGGGCUCGUACCUGCUCGAGAAGGAGCUGGCGGAGGCGAGACAGGCGGGCAAGUCGCCGAGAGAAGUUUCGUUUGUGCGCGUGAAAGGCGCGAACCAUUUUGCACAUUGGGAUAUGCCGGAAAAACUCUUGAAGGCGUUCCUCGGAGACGAGCUGAUCGUCUAG